GCCGUCACCGUCUUUUCGAUGUUGACGGUGUUUGCCGUGGCGCACUCCGGAUUGGCCAGUCUCCGAACCUAUGCCGAGCCUGUGGUCGGUGCCAGGGCCUGGCGAGUCUUGUUUGCCGUAGUUUCCUUGCCUUUGGCCCUUUCCUGUAUCUCGUACUUUGUCAACCAUUCCCACGAAGGAAUCCAACUUUGGGAUUUGACCCAUGUGCCCGGAAUGCACACUCUGCUCUGGGUCACCAACUUUAUCAGUUUCUUGUUCCUGUAUCCAUCGACCUUUAACCUGUUGGAGAUUGCUGCAAUCGAAAGACCACAGCUUCAUUUAUGGGAAACCGGCAUCACUCGAAUCACACGUCAUCCGCAAGCUGUUGGUCAGGUCAUGUGGUGCGCCGCACACUCUCUUUGGUUGGGAACAUCCACGGCAUUGGCCGCAUCGGUCAUGUUGAUUGGCCACCACGCCUUUUCGGUGUAUCACGGGGAUCGCCGGUUGCAAACUCGACACGGCGAAGCCUUUGACUACGUCAAGAGUAAAACUUCGGUAGUUCCGUUCCAAGCAAUAUGGGAAGGUCGACAAACGCUGCCUCCGGACUACUACAAAGAAUUCUUGCGUGGGCCUUACUUCUUGGUUGUUGGUGGGACAGUGGCGGCGUAUUUUGCGCAUCCUUGGAUGCAAGCCGGUGCAGCCUUGUUGCAUUGGUAA